AUGGCAGACGACGAUUCGAAAUCGAACAAAAGGACGCACGAGGACUUUGCUGGACAAGAUGAUGACAGCUCCUCGGACGACGACAUGGGACCUCAGCUCCCCAGCGCGGCCGCCCCAAAGAAGAAGCGCCGAAUCCUCCCCUAUGAGAAGCUCUACGUCGCCGCCCUGCCUAAGUCUGUUCGAUACUCUAAGUCAUUGAUGCACAAGGAGCAGCUGUCUUUUGUGACUGUCACGCCUUUAACCGACUUCAUCAUCACCUCUUCGACCGAUGGGGUUGUCAAGUUCUGGAAGAAGGUGGCGGAGGGCAUCGAGUUCGUCAAAGAAUUCAAGGCACACAACGGCGAGAUCAAGUCUGUCUCGGUGAGCCAGGACGGCAGAAGCUUUGCUACGGCUGGAGCGGAUGAGACAGUAAAGAUUUUCGAUGUCAUUACAUUUGACCUGUUGGCUAUGGUGAAGCUCAAGUUCGUCCCUCGCUGCAUAUGCUGGGUACACAACAGGGGUGCUUCGCUUCCCUUGCUUGCCGUUUCCGAGGACGCCAACUCCAGCAUACACAUCUUCGACGGGAGAGGCGAAAGGCAAGAUCCCAUUCACACUAUUAAGUCAUUGCACAGGAGCCCAGUCUCUAUCAUGGCUUUCAAUAGCGCCUACGAUUGCGUGAUCUCUGCCGAUGACAAGGGUAUGUUGGAAUACUGGCGGCCGAGCGGAGACUAUGAGAAGCCGGACAAUGUCUUCGAGUUCAAAGCGUCUACCAAUUUGUUCGAGUUCAAAAAGGCAAAAUCGGUUCCAACGUCAAUCACCAUCUCACCGACAGGCAAGCAAUUCGCGGCUUUCUCACAACCGGACAGAAAGAUCCGGAUUUUUGACUUCGCAUCGGGCAAGCUUUACAGGACGUAUGAUGAGUCUCUGCAGGUGAUUGAGGAGAUGCAGCAAGCUGGAUCUGCGCUUCAAAAGCUGGAUCCCGUAGAGUUUGGUCGCAGAUUUGCUGUCGAGCGGGAGAUCGACUCGCCAGCAUACAUGCACAAAGCAAAUGUCAUCUUCGACGAAUCCGGAAACUUCAUCCUCUACGGCUCCAUCGCCGGCAUUAAGGUGCUCAAUACUUACACCAACCAGGUAGUCAAGGUCUACGGCAAAGAUGAGAACUUCAGAGCUGUCAACUUGGCGAUAUACCAAGGUCAGCCACAGAAGAAAGGCAUUACCACGGUGGAGAUGGGUGCCUCUAGCAACCCCCUACUACAGGAGUCUGAGUCAAGAGACCCUAUUCUGAUCGCGACAGGGGUGAACAAGGUGCGAUUCUACAUGUUCACCAAUGACGAGGACAUCUCCAAGUCGGUCAGAGAUGUGCAGAAUGAGAAACCUACCAUGCUCGGUCAAAAGAAGGCUGCAGAGGCCAAGAAGGCAGAGACUGGAACUGCAGCAGUGAUUCAUACUACUUACGGCGACAUUCAUAUCCGCCUCUUCCCUGAUGCCGCACCGAAGGCCGUUGAGAACUUCGUCACCCACUCGAAGAAGGGCUAUUACAACAACACGAUCUUCCAUCGCGUUAUCAGGAAGUUCAUGAUUCAGUGUGGAGAUCCCCUCGGCGACGGUACCGGCGGCGAGAGCAUAUGGGGGAAGGAAUUCGAGGACGAGUUCAGCAGCCUGAAGCACGACAAGCCAUACACUGUCAGCAUGGCUAAUGCAGGCCCAAACACCAAUGGCAGUCAGUUCUUUAUUACCACAGAAAAGACGCCUUGGCUGGAUGGCAAGCAUACAAUUUUCGGACGUGCCACGCAAGGCCUGGACGUCAUCCACAAGAUCGAGAACGUGCGGACGUACAAGGAAAAGCCCGAGGAAGACAUCAAGAUUCUGAACAUCGACAUUGUAUAG